UUAUUUGAUCUGUUGUUUUUCCACGUAUUCUGCUGUUUAAACAAAUAUUAAUCAUUUAUCGAUUCGUAAAUUUGUAAAUUGGAAAACAGAAAUUUUUUUCUCAAAUUUUCAUUUUUAAAUCCCAGUGAUUUGUGUUUCUAUUCAGAAUAGAUGAUUUGUUGUUUCACCAAAUCUACAUUGUGAUAUACAUCAUCAACGAAAUGCAGACUUUGAAAAACUUUGAAAUUCUAGCCUUUUUCCUUUCACUAUUGUUUCAUGUUUCAUUUUUACAAGAACUUGAAACAAAUGUUGCCAAUAAUAUUGGAUCUGAGAAUCAAACUGCUGUAGUGGACAACAAUGAAUCGAAAAUACGUAGUGUCACUAAUCGUAUGCUGGUCAAUGUUCGAUGUGCAUUCUAUCAAAAAGCUGUCAUUCCAAUGACCAGAAUGUUUAAUUUAUCAAUAACAGUACCAUCAGAUAUUCCUGCACAAUGUCCACAAAUUCAAAAUUCUUUAAUCAUAAAUGUAAAUACGACUGAAAAUGAAACAGAAAUUGAAUCAUUGGAAUCCAUCAAUGAAAAAAUGGAAAAUUCAGCUGAAAUGCCAAUCGAAGAGGAUCAAUCCGAUUUAGAAAAAUUCGAAGAUGAUAAUAAAAAUAACGAUAUUUCACGGGGACAUCCAUCAACUGAACAAACAAUUGGAUCUAUCAUUCGAAAACAAUCAGGAAUCAUUCAAUCGAAACCAAUGAAUUAGAUCAUCCAGUUGAAUGAUCAAGUAUAUUGCGAUGACCACAUAUAUCUAUGAAUAUUUGUUUUUACCAAAUUUUUUUUUUUUUUUUUUGGAUUAAUGUCAUUUCAUCAUAUCAGCCAACUUUUCAAUAAUUGUUGAAAUAGUAGAAUAGAAAUUAUUAAAAAUAAAAAUUGUUCAUCACAUCAUACAUUGACUUUUCAGUCAUCAUUGAGCAUUUAUAUAUAUAAUCCAUUAACAUAUACACAUUUGUUAAGAUUAUUAUGGACGUGAAUAAUGAGUUAUUUAAUAAAUUAUCUUUGGUGGUGGUUGUGUAUUGUUGUUGUUGUUGUUAUUAUUGAAAUUAAUAGGAUGGAUAUCUUCAUUGAAUCAAAAUUGAUUAUACAAAACGAAACUAUAACACCAAAGAAAGCAUCGAGAAAAUUCGUUCAAACUGCACCAAUUUGGGAACCACAAUCAUCACAAUCACCAUGUGUUAUUUCGAAAAGAUUAUUUCUCCUUUUAUUACUUCCAAAACCUUUAGUUCGUAAAUGUCUUGUAACAACAACAGAACCACCAUUUAUAACAUAUCCUACUUAUCCAUAUUAUAAUUAUGAUGAUGAUAUAUAUGGAAUAAUACCACUUUCAAGUGGUCAAAUAAAUCGUAGACCAUCAUAUAUAAGUAGAAAUCCAGCUAAUAAUCAAUACAACGAUCGCAGAAGGCGAAGACGACGACGACGACGACGACGACGACGCCCAAAUCGUACUCGACGACAACGGAAGAGACCAAUCAAUCAACGUCCUAGAUGGAUGGCAGUUGCCAAAAAACGUCCAUUAAAUCGUAGGAAAAAAAUUGAUGAUAACUACAAUGAUGAUGAUGAUGAUGAUAUGAAAAAAUCAAAAAUUGUCACCGAACAAGUUCAUACCCUACUUUAAUACAGUAAUGACCCGCUUAACGUUGUUUUUUACCUUAUUAAAUUGUAUAUGAAUAUGAAUAAAUAAAAACUUGCUUAAUGCUGUCAGUUCCGAUAUAA